AUGCUUUAUCUCGUGGGUCUCGGCUUGGCGGAUGAGAAGGACAUCACAGUCAAGGGCUUGGAGAUUGUGAAGAAGGCAGAACGCGUCUACCUCGAGGCGUACACGGCGGUUCUGCUGGUAGAGAAGGACGUGCUUGAAGCUUUCUAUGGCCGGGAAGUCAUCAUAGCCGACCGUGAAAUGGUCGAGUCGUCCAGCGACGACAUCCUCAAAGAUGCCGACAAAGUCGACGUCGCGUUCCUUGUAGUGGGAGAUCCAUUCGGAGCGACCACUCACACCGACCUCGUCCUCCGUGCCCGCGAACUUUCCAUUCCCACCCGCUCCAUCCCCAACGCCAGCAUCUUGACCUCGAUUGGCACAACGGGUCUGCAACUCUACAACUUUGGACAAACAGUCUCCAUGGUCUUCUUCCUUGACAACUGGAAGCCUGCCUCCUUCUACGAUCGCAUCAAGGAGAACGUUUCUAUUGGCCUACACACACUCGUCCUCCUCGACAUCAAAGUAAAGGAACAAAGUAUAGAGAAUAUGGCGCGCGGACGCCUAAUCUACGAGCCACCACGGUACAUGACAGUCGCGCAGUGUGCACAACAGAUGUUGGAGAUUGAGGAGGAUGUCAAGCAGGAGGGUGCUUACACAAAGGACAGUCUGGCUGUGGGUGUCGCGCGGGUGGGCGCCGAGGACCAGCAGAUUGUCGCAGGCACCUUGGCACAGCUAUGUGAGGCAGAUCUGGGAAAGCCACUGCAUAGCUUGGUACUGCUGGGUCGACGAACACAUGAUCUCGAGAGAGAUUUCCUCGAGGAGUUCGCCGUGGACAAGGAGAGCUUCAGGGAGGUGUGGAAGAGGGACUAUGAGGGCAAACAAUGA